UCACCAGUGUCGUAAGCACUGUCCACAGAAAACUUUUGGAGACAGUGGCAGGAAAAUAUGCUUUCCCUGUUCAUCAUGGUGCCUUGAAUGUAAUAAUGAAACUCACUGUUCUUCUUGUCAAAGUGGAUAUUACUUGCACGGUGUAAGUUGCUUGGUUAAAUGUCCAGAUGGUACAUUCCAAGGAUCUAGCAGCUGGAGGUGUGAAGACUGCCACAGAUCCUGCCAGACCUGUCAUGGUUCAACAGCUCAGGACUGUGACUUGUGCCCUGGUGGAAGACAACCAACCCACGGAAUGUGUCCUAUUGUAACCUGCGUGGAAAGUCAAUACUUUAAUGUGGCAGAUGGCAAAUGCUACAAUUGUGAUUCAUCUUGUCAGACCUGCUUUGGACCCCAAGCACUAGACUGUUUCUCCUGCCAUUCUGGCUAUUUCCUGGAUAAAGAAAAUCAAUGCGUUGCUACCUGCCCACAAGGAUAUUUUGCAGAUCAGUUUAGCCAAACCUGUGAAAAAUGUUCAGAUACCUGCGAAAGUUGCACAGGAGCCAGUGAUAACUGUGUUUCCUGUAAACUGGAUAAACAAAGCGUGUUCCUCCAUGAAGGGAACUGUCUUCCUGACUGUCCAGAGGGUUACUUUGGAAACACAGAGGGCUCAUGUGAAGCUUGUGAUGGUUCCUGUUGGACCUGCGAUGAAAGCAAAACAAAAUGCUUGUCAUGUGUGGAAGGUCUUUACUUGGAGAACAGCAAAUGCCUUCCUAAUUGUUCCCUGAAGUACUUUCCAGAUGAAGAGGGUUCCUGCAAGCGUUGUCUGGCGCACUGCACUAUCUGUACAGAUGAAAGCACCUGUCUCGAAUGUAGUUACUUAUAUCUCCUGUUUAAUGGCACUUGCAAAGCUACGUGUCCUGACGGUUACUAUGACGAUCUUGAUGAUGGGAAGUGCAUUCCUUGCCACUACAGUUGUGAGACUUGCUCAGGGACAUCUGAAGAUGAUUGUGAGACCUGCCCUUCAGACAAUGCCAAACUGUACCAAGGGCGAUGCCUAACAGACUGCCCAACAGGAACCUAUUAUAACUCCGUACUAAGGGAAUGUCAAGAGUGUCACAGAACUUGUGCUACAUGUUCUGGUCCACAACCUACAGACUGCAUUCAAUGUCAAGACAGACUCACUUUGAAUCCUGAAACUGGAAUGUGUAGGGUGGAAGGAGAUGCUGACUGCCCAGCCAAAACUUUCCUUGAGAAUGAUUUAUUUACAUGCAGUUCUUGUGAUCACACCUGUCAGUCAUGUGAUGGACCUUCCCCCAGAAACUGUCUCACAUGCACAGUGCCUUACUACUUAUACAAAAAUACUUGUGUAGUACAAUGCCCAAAAGGGACAUACAACACCAGUGAGGAUGCUGAUGGACUGCAACUUGGGUUCUGCGCUGCUUGUCACCAAAUAUGUUCCACAUGCAACAGAGGUUCUGCCAAGCACUGUGACGUCUGUGCGGCUGGAUACUACAAACUGCUUCACCUCUGCAUUCUGCAUUGCCCCCCAGGAUAUUACAAAUGGAAUAACCAAUGUGAAAAAUGUCACUCUGGUUGCCAGCUCUGUGGUGGUCCUGGCCUGGAUGGGUGCCUCGAAUGUCCUUCUGACACUCUGCAGGUGGAAGGAACCACCCAUUGUGUGACUCAGUGUCCUGAGAGAUUUUAUAAGUACAAAAACACGUGCAAGAAGUGUCACUCAAGCUGUAAGACGUGCAACGAUUCAUCAGUACAAGGAUGUCUGACAUGUGACGGAGGAAGUGACUUGAAAGGAGGAAUCUGCUACCCUCCGUGUGAAGAACAACGCUACUUAGACAAUGACGUAAGUUACCCUCACCAUUUGUGUCCCGAUGAGUUAAUAUUUUAA